AUGGGUAAAGAAGUCCGUAUGGUGUUUUUAGAUUUUAGCAAAGUGUUUGAUAAAGUAUGGCAUAAAGGUUUAUUGUAUAAAUUAAAAUCUCUUGGAGUAAAAGACCCACUUUUAAGCUGGUUUUGUAGUUAUUUGUCUGAUAGAAAACAAAGAGUUGUCAUUGAGGGGCAAUGCUCGAGCUGGCUGAGUGUUGAAGCUGGUGUUCCACAAG